AAAUGCAGAGAGUAAGUGUCAGGCCUGGUACAACGCAAAAGAUUCCAUACCUAUUCUUCCACAUGCACAAAUUGUUGAAGAAACACAGGCCUUAAGCUUGGAUAAUAGUUGUAUGGUGGAUGGUUCAUGGACUUCCACGGAUCAAUUCAGGGGAAUUGGAUGGGUUUGGAAGGAUAGCACGGGAAAAAACCAACUUAUGGGGACACAGAACUGGCGUGAGACAUCAUUACACUCGGAACUGGAAGCGUUAAAAUGAGCAAUGGAGAGCAUGCUUCACCAUUCAACAUGUUAAAGAUUUGAGACAGAUUGCAAGGACGUGAUUGCAAUGAUAAAGGACCUCCAAGCAUGGUCAAACUUAUCAACUAAACUAGAGGUCAUUCAAAUUCUUCAGAUGUGUUAUUCGGACUUCAAGAUCAGCUACUUGCUAAGAACGCAUAAUGAAAUUGCUGAUUUUCUAGCUAGGAAUGUUCGUUCUUUUCUUAGAUCUCUUUGCUUUAUUGGUUGUUCUAUUCCGGUCUGAAUAACUAGAGUACCUCAAUUUUGAGUCAUAGAAUAGCUGCCGGUCGAAAAAAAAACAAUGUAGAAAAAAAAAUUUACGUAUAUAAAAAUGAAAACACAUACUCGAUGCUUGCACGGGUCUAAGGUCUAGUAGAUUUUAAAGUGGAAUCUAGAACAAAAAAUCUGAAAUACUGGAACAAAACUGUACCCCAAAGCCAUUCCUUAAAAAAAAGUUUGAAACAUAACUCAACUCACUUGAGAAUGUCAAGCUCAACACUAAAACGGAUCCUCCACCGGACCCUAAACACCAAACCCGACUCGACCCAUUUCUCUUCAAUCUCUCUCUUCACCACCGUUUCUUCUCCACCGUCCGAUCCCUCAAACCCUACUUCUCCACCAGAUCCACUCGUCACCGACGCCGUCUCAAUCCUCACUCACCACCGCUCCAAAUCCCGAUGGUCCACUCUCCGAUCACUCACCCCUUCCGGCUUCACUCCUUCUCAAUUCUCCGACAUCGCUCUCCGCCUCCGCAACAACGCGCACCUCUCUCUCCGCUUCUUCCUCUUCACCCGCCGCAACUCUCUCUGCUCCCACGACGUCGAUUCCUGCUCAACUCUAAUCCACAUCCUCUCCCGAUCUCGCCUCAAAAGCCACGCUCGCGACGUGCUCCGCCUCGCUCUCCGUAUCCCCUCCUCCGAAGAUCGCGUCCCGAGAGUGUUCCGCUCGUUGAUCAAGAGUUACAAUCGAUGUGGCUCUGCGCCGUUCGUCUUCGAUUUGCUGGUGAAAUCGUGUCUCGACUCGAAAGAGAUCGAUGGUGCUGUGAUGGUGAUGAGGAAGUUGAAGUCUAGAGGAAUCAAUUUACAGAUUAGUACUUGCAAUGCUUUGAUCUCAGAGGUCUCAAGGCGUAGAGAUGCUUCCACUGGAUAUAAGCUAUACAGAGAAGUGUUUGGAUUAGAUGAAGCUAAGAAGGUUAAGCCAAAUGUUAACACUUUUAACUUGAUGAUGGUGAGUUUCUACAGAGAAGGUGAAACAGAGAUGGUGGAGAGGAUUUGGGGAGAAAUGGAGGAAGUGGUUGGAUGCUUUCCUAAUGUUUAUAGCUUUAGUGUUUUGAUGGAGAACUAUUGUUUUCGAGGUAUGAUGGUUGAAGCAGAGAGGGUGUGGGAAGAGAUGAGGUUAAAAGGAGUGGUUCAUGAUGUUGUGGCUUACAACACUAUGAUUGGUGGCCUUUGUAGUAACUUAGAGGUUACUAAAGCCAAGAAGCUUUUUGAGGAGAUGGGGUCGAAGGGACUAGAGUGUACUUCUUUAACUUAUGAUCAUCUCGUUAGAGGGUAUUGUAAAGUGAAGGAUGUUGAUUCGGCUAUGGUUGUUUAUAGGGAGAUGGAAAGUAAGAGUUUUGUAGCAGAGGGUUUAACCAUUGAAGGGUUAGUGGAAGGAUUGUGUGAUGGUAACAAAGAAAGAGUUGUUGAAGCCGCGGAGAUCGUGAAGGAAGCGGUGAGGGAAUCAGAGUUUUGUCCUAGUCGGAAAUGUUAUGAGUUGCUGAUAAAGAGGUUGUGUGAAGAAGGGAAGAUGGAUAGAUCGUUGAGCAUUCAGGCUGAGAUGGUUGGAAGAGGACUUAAACCUAGCCAAGAGACGUAUAAAGCUUUUAUUGACGGGUAUGGAAGAGCAGGGGAUGAAGAAACAUCUUCAUUGUUGGCUAUAGAAAUGGCUGAAUCACUCAAGCUAAGAGAUGAGGAAGAAGAAAGCUAGAAUUUUGAGCUUUCUAUGUAUGUUGCAAAUGACAAAUCUCAACUCAAUUCAUAUUGAACAAACA